CACCGCACGCCCUUGCUUUACGAAGGUGACGAGCCACAUCACAUGAACUGGAACACGUGCAGUAGCUGCUAUGGCAUUCCGGGAAAGCGAAGGGACAAAUUGAUACUACCGUGCAUGGCUACCGACAGGAUUUAUGUCUUCGAUCUAAGCGUUGACCCUCUAGCUCCCAAGAUUCACAAGGUAAUUGAGCCAAAGGAGCUUCAUUGUCUCGAUGUCUGCGCUCCCCAUACGCCGCACUGUCUGGCAGACGGACGUGUAAUGAUCAGUACCAUGGGGGAUGGCGAUGAAAAUGGAAAAGGAAGUUUUAUACUUCUCGAAGAAAGCACAUUUAACCUCGUCGGUACCUGGCAACCUGAACCCGAAUCUGCGCCUUUCGGCUACGACUUCUGGUACCAGCCACGGCACAACGUAAUGGUUAGCAGUCAGUGGGGAGCACCGUUAGCAUUCCGCAAAGGCUUCAAGUUGGAAGACGUACAGAAAGGCAAAUAUGGUACCAGUCUUGUUGUAUGGGACUGGACAACUCACCUCAGGAUUCAUACCCUGGACUUGGGACCAGAUGGGCUGAUGCCAUUAGAAGUCAGAUUCCUGCACAACCCUAAUACGGCGGAGGGAUAUGUCGGCUGUGGGCUGGGAAGUACCGUCUACCGUUUCUUCAAAAGUGAGAAAAACAUUUGGGAAGCAGAGAAAGUGAUUAGCAUUCCAUCAAAAAAGGUGUCGGGGUGGAUAAUGGACACUAUGCCAGGCGUGAUCACAGACAUUCUGAUCUCUUUGGACGAUCGCUUUCUCUAUCUUACAUGCUGGCUGUUCGGUGAUGUCCGACAAUAUGACAUCACCGACACAAGACGACCUCAACUAGUGGGCAAGGUGGAUACAGGCGGUUGCAUCUACAGGGGAGGUGCCGUAACUGUCACGGAGGACCAAGAACUUGACGAUCAACCCGUAAGACUGGUUCUGAAGAAGAGGCCACUGCAGGGGGCACCUCAGAUGCUACAGUUAAGCUUAGACGGCGAGAGAUUGUACGCUACCACGUCACUUUAUGCAGCUUGGGACACGAUAUUCUACCCAGAUAUGAUACAGAAGGGAGCCAUGCUGAUGCAAAUUAAUGUGAAUACGAAGACAGGCGGAUUGGAUGUGAAUCGAAACUGCCUCGUAGACUUCGGUGCAGAACCGGAAGGACCAGUGCUCGCCCAUGAAAUACGUUUCCCUGGCGGCGAUUCAACGUCAGAUGUAUGGAUUUAAGAACGAAGCAUCAUUACGCAUUGUUCCAACUUAUAAGAAAAUGACUGUAUAAUAACUCUCUCAGAGCGAAUACAAAAAUCAUUUGACACGAACUGCAAAAAUAUCUGCGUCAAAACGAUGUCCAGCUCUGAGCUGCCAACGAGAUGUUGUGCAAUAUCAUAGCUAGAGAACGGAUGUCCAAGCACAAACGGACUUCGUUUUAGCCACCUAUAAUGGGCAAUAAAAGUGUCAAAUAGGCACAUUUACUGCUCACAUUAGGAACGUCUACGGUGUAUUCAAAAUGUGAGCAACGGCAGAAUAAAUACUAGGGAUGGGCGAACCGAAUCCUCGAGUCCUAGGCAGGGAUUGGAGAUUUGGGGACCCGAAUCCCAGUGCCAAAAACGCUCAAUCGACUCUUCCGAAUCUACUAACCACGUUUGUUUCUGUCUUCUUUAAAUUGGCGCCACCGGUGUCCGCCGAAAGCCUGGUUGGCCGGCCUGCCACGGGGCUCGCAAAAACCACAGCAUAAAGCUCUGACAUUACAAGUUUAGAAGUAACAUGGUUUUGCUUUUAACUGUUUCUUAUAUAUUUGGAAAGAAUUCAGCCUCGAGCGUUUAUGUACUUCCCGUGGCCGAUGAACAACAUGUUAAAUAAAUUACA